ACAUAACUCGUUGUGAAAUAUAUAGACAUCGCUGUAUAUUGCCCCGUCAUCAUGAAUUUAGAUCCUAUUGUAAAAUGCACUUCUGUUUAUCGAAAAUAUUUAUUAUUCUGCCAUUUUUGUCACACUCGCGAUAAAUAACGCGCGGAGAAACAAAUGCGGAUGAAGAGGAACAUAACCUCUAAAGGUCUCUCUUCAGAUUCCGGAAUACAAAAAUCAUGGAAACAAUUGUCAAAUUCUUGUCGUUUUCCACAUACACGGUUUACUGCAGGAAAAAAGAAUAAAAAUCAUGUUGAAAUAUUUGGUAGAAAUGAACAAGUUAUACAGUACUCUUUUUGGAGAAGUUAUAUCGAUAUACUUUUAUCCCACGCACACAUAAAUCUUCCGUGAGAAAAUGUCGAAGAACGAGAUUUGUGGAUACAUAUCACUGUUAUACAGCGUUGCUAACAAGCCGCUGGAUCUAUGGUCUAAACACAUUUCAUAUGGUGGUAAAGUUCGUAGAGUAAAGGACGACCUAUUACAUGGGGAUAAAGUAAUCGAGAUCACUGGGGCUUACGAUAACACGAUCCCCACAAGCAUAACUAUUCCUGCCAAAGCGCUGGACGUCCUGAACAUAAAGCUUCCCAUUCUCGUAUUAGUUAUAAAAAAUCUAAACUUGCGGUUCAAACUGGAAAUUCAAGUAAUAGACAAACAACAAUAUCGGAGAAGAUUCUCUUUCAUGACCCACAAUGUUGAAAAACUACCAAAUAUCAACGCAAGUGUGGCUCAUAUUUCGUUAAGAUUGGAUCCAGAUUGUUGGAAUUUCUUAGAAAUAGAUCUUCAGACUCUCUGUCAUGAAGUAUAUAAAAUGGAUUAUGAGGCUCUGCAAAGAAUAACGAUUUAUCCAAAUUGUCACUUAAGAAGAGUAUAUCUGCAAGAUCGUCAUUACAAUGAUGACGAAACUCAUGUUGAGCUGUAUCGAGCUUUCUUCAAUAUGUAUUUGUUAAAACGGGGAAUCAAUUAUACUGAAAAGGCUUGUCAGACGGAAAAUUGUUACACAGGAUCUUUAGAGCAAUCUGAUUUGAAUUGUUUUAUCAAAGAUAAUUCUAGUAGUACACCGUUGACAAAAGUUGAUUCAUCUAAAACUACAGAUAACACGGAAAAACUGAAAAGUAUUCUUUUAACUGAAAAGAAUCACAUGUCACUGGAUGCUUUAAACGAUACAAUAAGAAAACGUAAUCGGCAUGUUUUUACAAGACAAAGUGAAUAUUUCACAAAAUCUUUUGUGAAUGAUGCAGCUAUAGAAAAUAAAUUAGAAAAAGGUAGUAGUGGCGCAACAGAAAGAGUAAAGCAAGAUUGUGCGAUGAAAAUCCAUACGACAGAAAACUCUUUACUAAAUAUAAAAAUGAAUCAUACGUCGCGACCUGCAUCCUCUAUUGAAUUAAAAAGAAUCGCAAAGAGCCAAUUUUUAAAAACGCAUGUUAGCGAAAUAUUACUCAAAGAUAACGGAAUUCCAAAAUGUCUGCAAAAUAUUCAGAAUAUAGUAGAAGAUAUAUACAUUAAUUUAACAAACUGCACAUUAAAUAAUAAUGUUAAUAAGGCGCAGACAAGAAAAGAUAAUUCCACGAUAGCAAAGUUUAAGGUAGAUACCAUGGGUUCUCCGCCAUCUUUUAAACUCGAUCUAUCUGAAAACAUUAAGCUUGAUAAUAUAAAUAAUAAUGUGUGUAACAUUCUGAGUGACAGAUAUACUCGUUCUAAGUAUAAAUAUGUAAAAGAGAGUGAUAAAAGUAUUACCAAUUGUUUAAGAUCUCUUGUUAGUAUCAAGGAAGGCGCUGAAAAUUUAAAUGAAAAUAUAUCCACGAACAAAUCGACAUAUAUCCACAACAAUCGAGAAAAAGGUAAAACUGGACGAAAUGACAAGGUACGAAUUUAAGGAUGGAUAAAACUUGUUAGAUUUUAAAAUAAUAGAUCAUUGCGUGAACAAAAAUUUCUCAAGAAAUUACAGGAUAAAAGACUUGCCAUAUAUGUAGAAUUAUCAUUACAUAAUAUGACAAAUCGAAGAAAUUCUGGCCAAGAGAGAGAAGUUUAUAAACAAAGA